CAGGCGCAGUCUGGCGCGGAGGCUGGUGGGACUGCGCCCUGGAGGACAGACAUGUCGGGGGUCCGGGCUGUGUCUCGGCUGUUGGGCGCCCGGCGCCUGGCACUGACCAGGGCGCAGUGGCCAGCAACAUGGCAGACAGGCACCCGAGGUUUUCACUUCGCUGUUGAUGGGAAUAAGAGGUCUUCUGCUAAAGUUUCAGAUUCAAUUUCUACGCAGUACCCAGUAGUGGACCAUGAGUUUGAUGCAGUGGUGGUAGGCGCUGGAGGGGCAGGCUUGCGAGCUGCAUUUGGCCUUUCCGAGGCUGGGUUUAACACGGCCUGCGUCACAAAGCUCUUUCCUACCAGAUCACACACCGUUGCGGCCCAGGGAGGGAUCAAUGCUGCUCUGGGGAACAUGGAGGAAGACAACUGGAGAUGGCACUUCUACGACACCGUGAAGGGCUCCGACUGGCUGGGGGACCAGGACGCCAUCCACUACAUGACGGAGCAGGCUCCUGCUUCCGUGGUAGAGCUGGAAAAUUACGGCAUGCCGUUUAGCAGAACUGAAGAUGGGAGGAUCUACCAGCGUGCUUUUGGUGGACAGAGCCUCAAGUUUGGGAAAGGCGGGCAGGCCCACCGGUGCUGCUGUGUGGCGGACCGCACUGGCCACUCGCUGCUGCACACGUUGUACGGAAGGUCUCUGCGAUAUGAUACCAGCUAUUUUGUAGAGUAUUUUGCCUUGGAUCUCUUGAUGGAAAAUGGGGAAUGUCGUGGUGUUAUUGCACUAUGCAUAGAAGAUGGGUCCAUCCAUCGCCUAAGAGCCAAGAACACUGUUGUAGCUACCGGAGGCUACGGGCGCACCUACUUCAGCUGCACAUCUGCCCACACCAGCACUGGUGACGGCACCGCCAUGGUCACCAGGGCAGGCCUCCCCUGCCAGGACUUGGAGUUCGUUCAGUUCCACCCCACAGGUAUAUAUGGUGCUGGUUGUCUCAUUACGGAAGGAUGCCGUGGAGAGGGAGGCAUUCUCAUUAACAGUCAAGGCGAAAGGUUCAUGGAGCGAUACGCCCCGGUUGCAAAGGACCUGGCGUCCAGAGACGUUGUGUCUCGGUCCAUGACUCUGGAAAUCCGUGAAGGAAGAGGCUGUGGCCCUGAGAAAGAUCACGUCUACCUGCAGUUGCACCACCUACCCCCCGAGCAGCUGGCCAUACGCCUGCCUGGCAUUUCGGAGACGGCCAUGAUCUUUGCAGGCGUGGAUGUCACCAAGGAGCCGAUCCCUGUCCUUCCCACUGUGCAUUAUAACAUGGGUGGUAUUCCCACCAACUACAAGGGGCAGGUCCUGAGGCACGUGAACGGCCAGGAUCAGAUCGUGCCCGGCCUAUAUGCCUGUGGGGAGGCCGCCUGCGCCUCGGUGCACGGUGCCAACCGUCUCGGGGCAAACUCGCUCUUGGACCUGGUCGUCUUUGGCCGUGCGUGUGCUCUGAGUAUUGCAGAGUCCUGCAGACCUGGAGAUAAAGUUCCCCCAAUUAAACCAAAUGCUGGGGAAGAGUCCGUCAUGAAUCUUGACAAAUUGAGAUUUGCUGAUGGAAGCAUAAGAACAUCAGAACUACGACUCAGCAUGCAGAAGUCGAUGCAAAAUCAUGCUGCAGUGUUCCGGGUGGGAAGUGUGUUACAGGAAGGGUGUGAGAAAGUCAGCCAGCUGUAUGGAGACCUAAAACAUCUGAAGACGUUUGACCGAGGAAUGGUCUGGAACACCGACCUGGUGGAGACCUUGGAGCUGCAGAACCUGAUGCUCUGUGCACUUCAGACCAUUUACGGAGCAGAGGCCCGGAAGGAGUCUCGUGGUGCUCAUGCCAGGGAAGAUUACAGGGAGCGGAUUGAUGAGUAUGAUUACUCCAAGCCCAUCCAGGGGCAGCAGAAGAAGCCAUUUGAGGAGCACUGGAGGAAGCACACCCUUUCCUAUGUGGAUGUCAAGACUGGGAAGGUUUCAUUGCAAUACAGACCAGUGAUCGACAAAACUUUAAAUGAGGCUGACUGUGCCACAGUCCCUCCAGCCAUUCGCUCCUACUGAUGAGACCAGAGUUGACCAGCUUUUGUAAUUAUGUAUAAUAGUUCAUGCGUGUGUUCAUAUCAUAAUUAUCUUUUUAAAAUCCUGUACUCAAGUGAAUAAGGAGUGCCAUUUGAAUAGAUCAUCUACCCGGUGGCCAGAAGCUUGCCAGUAAUCAACAGCCAGGAAGUGUGAAUGAAGCUUAUCUUUAUCCUUUGCUUCAUUCUUGUGAAAUAGUAAAACUGGGCAUGAUUCUUAAAUAAAACGUAAAUUACAAA